AUGGUUCUGACAUCGACGCACGACUCAACCGAUCAAUUCUCGCCACCAGCCGGUAGCGAUUCGACAGGAUCGAUCACUAGUCCAAGCACAAGCAUAAGCACAAAUACGCCUGAAACCAAGAAAGCGCAUGUUUUCGACGUCGCCAUGGCUGAGCAGCAGCAGCAGCAGCAGCAGCAACGACAACAAUACCCCGACGAAAUCUCAUCGCUAUCUGUACCAACCCAUUCAAAUCCCCAAUUCAUCAAAACGCACGGCGCUCUCCGUCGUGCCCGGGCGCCUCCUCGCAACGACCGCGGCGACAUCUACUGCGACCACCCGACUUGCCGGGCCAGCAACAGCAGCCAGACGUUCAAAAGACUCUGUGAAUGGAACAAACACAUGGACCGGCACGAGAGGCCAUAUAAAUGCGUCGAGGUCGGAUGCGAAUUAAACCCCGGAUUCACCUAUUCCGGCGGCCUGCUGCGGCACCAGCGCGAAGUGCAUCGAAUGCAUCUGUCCACCAAGGAACCCCUGUUCUGUCCGUUCCCCAACUGCAACCGAAGCUCCGGCACCGGGUUCACCAGGAAGGAAAACCUGGAGGAACAUAAGCGGAGAAGACAUCUGGAGGAAAUUGAGGUGUCCGAUCCCGAUCACGACCAAAGGCGUGCGCAAACUCAUCAAAUCCGUGCCACAAGAUCGGGUGCAGGCGACUCUACCGAACCCGACUCGAUCCCCGUGUCCACGACGACAUCCUCCCGCUAUGAGAUUGCGGCUUCGACGACCAAGCGACGAAGACUGACGACGCUGGUGGAGUCUGAAUUCCAUGGCCAUGCGAUGUCUUCGAUCGAGACACUCAAAGCUGCUGGUAGGAGGAGUACUAACAGUACUAUUUUCGUCGACGGGCCGUCGCAAAUGAUUCCGAUGCAGUCACAGUCGCAGAUACAGACAAAAACACAACCACAACCACAACCACCGAUGCAACAAAUCCAACAGCAGCAGCAGCAGCAACAUCUCAUCCAACGGUUACGUGAAGAAAUCCUUAGGAAGGAAGACUUGAUCAGGCGCCAGAACGCAGAGAUCUCGCGUCUACACAAUUUCCUGCACUCGUUGCCUCCACAGAUGGUAUAUGACGUGUUGCAAGUCCAGGCACAAGCGCAGGCGCAGGUGCAGUUGCAUAUCCCAGCAGGUGAAGGAGGUUGA